GCAUCAUCCAUGUAUUUGUAUAUGAUCUGUACCACAACCUAUUUGUAUAGCAUAUGAACCAACUGAGUGCAUUUUUCCGUGCUGGUUUGGCCUGGGUGUGAUAAAAACUGAAGUAGUUGCAACCACCUUGCGUCAAAACUCUCUACUUUGACUGCAAUAGUGUACGUAUUCCCUGGGUAGUGUAUAUGUUUGACACAUCUCACAUGUAGUAUCUAGACAUUGUAUGUAUUGUUUUCUAACUACACGUAUGUGUAAGAUGGGAUAGACACCAUAAAGCAGUAAAAAUUGAAGUUGAUCUGUCCAAAAUAUAUUCAAAUAAGGAUUUCCAACAGAGUACAUUAAGGACGGACAUAUGAUUUCAACAACACACAUAUGCUGUAGAACGAUGUUGUUUCACACAGUGAGGCGUUCUGGGUGUCACAUUCUGACUGUCAACGGUUUAAAACAGUCCAAGGCUCUCGCAUAUAGGAUGACAAAUACAACACUACAUAACGCCCGCAAUAUAGGUGCUUUAGCGCGCAACUAUACUUCUCCGAGUGUAUCCAAACAAGCCUCUCUUGGUCAACGUAGUUUGCAGGUGGAUAUGCAGCGACGAUUAUGCACACAUGUACAUACGCACAUGAAUACACACACACGCCCCUACAGUCAAUGGUGUUUACGGAGGACUUUACACACUAACAAGGCUUCAUACACUCACCAGCGUGCCUGUACCGGGCCUUCGCGGUUGAGAAUACAAGGCCAUAGAAGUAUAAAUAAUAACUUAGAUAGAAUACCCAAAAGAUAUAGUACGUAUGGCAUAAAGUCACAUACAGAACGGAAACACCCUUUAUCAGACCUAAGGCAUAUAAUUUCUAAAGGAGGUAUGUUGCUUUUGGCUAUCACACCAGUGUAUGUGGGUAGUGUACUAGAUAGGUACAACGACUACGACCCAUACUCGUGUAUGUGCGUGGAGGGGGUAUGCACAUGUGAUAAGGCACACAUUGAGCCGAUGUACAGGGCUCUAAGUGGUAUUGGACAAUUAAUAAGGAGUGAUACGCAGGCCGUAGACAUGGUGGAGGACGGGGUUGUCAAGGAGAUAGACCAAAAGGAGCAUGUGCAUGACAAACGAGGUACUGAUCUUGGACAUGCCCGUUCUGCCCUCGUGGAGGUGCAGCUCAAGUGGACUCAGAAGGUUACACGUAUACUUAAAACUCUUCUGCGACUGAUCCGACUGACAAUUCAGUUGACACCUGUGGUGGUGCUGUAUCCCAUGGCCGUCACUUGGCCGGGGAAGAAGAGCGACGGAGUGGCCGACUGGUGGUGGUCAUUCUUGGUGUGGGAAUUGGAACGUGCGGGCGCUACAGCUAUUAAGUUUGGCCAGUGGGCAAGCACUCGUCGUGAUCUGUUUUCCGAUGCAUGUUGCGAUGCCAUGUGUCGACUCCACUCUGAUUCUAAGG